CGAAACAAAUCAUAACGUACGCGGUAGUGUUUUAUGUCAUGUUGAAAAUACAUAGCAUAUAAUGAGACCAAGACCUUAAUUUGUUGGUUUUACUGUAUGAUGACAAGGAGACUUAUUUGCGUGUUAAAUGGUUGAAUCAUCCAAUCAAAAGUUGAACUAGUUGUAGUCUAUAAAAGGAGAAAAGGAUACGUUAUUGAUAAUUAAAGUACACUUCUUCACCAUUCCCAAGCCAUAAGACACAAGCUUCUCAUAAUUCACUAUGAGAGCACACAUAAUCAUCUUUUGGCUUUUCUUGAUACCAUUCAACAUAAUAAAUUCCAGAUCUAGUAAUUUUGUGGUGAAUGGCUAUUGUCUUGACCAUCAACGUUCCUUGUUGCUCCAUUUGAAAAAUAAUCUGACAUUCAACCCCACAAAAUCCACAAAACUAGUUCAUUGGAAUCAAAGUGAUGAUGAUUGUUGCCAAUGGCAUGGUGUAACAUGCAAAGAGGGACAUGUUACAGCCCUUGAUCUUAGUCAAGAGUCUAUCUCAGGAGGACUUAAUGAUUUAAGUGCUCUUUUCAGGCUGCAAUAUUUGCAGAGUCUGAAUUUGGCUUUUAAUAAUUUUCGUUCUAUGAUUCCUCAAGAGCUGCAUAAGCUGCACAAUUUGAGGUAUCUGAACUUGUCUGAUGCUAGCUUUGAAGGGCAGGUCCCAGAGGAAAUAUCUCAACUCAAAAGGUUGGUCACCCUUGAUUUGUCUUCUACAUUUACUUCACAUCACAACCUAAAACUUGAGAAGCCAAAUAUAGCAUUAUUGAUGCAAAACCUCACAGAGAUAACAGAAUUGUAUCUAGAUGGUGUAGUAAUAUCUGCCAAAGGAGACGAAUGGGGUCGUGCUUUAUCUUCAUCGACGGGGCUUCGGGUUUUGAGCAUGUCGUCAUGCAAUCUAUCAGGACCUAUUGAUUCUUCACUAGCUAAGCUUCAAUCACUCUCUGUUCUAAAAUUGAGCCAUAACAAAUUGUCUAGCAUAGUGCCAGAUUCCUUUGCAAAUUUCUCCAAUUUAACCAUCCUAGAACUCAGUAGUUGUGACUUGAACGGUUCUUUCCCAAAAGAUAUCUUCCAAAUACACACAUUAAAGGUGCUUGACAUAUCAGACAAUCAAUAUCUUAUUGGUUCUUUGCCAGACUUCCCAUUGCUUGCAUCUCUUCAAUACUUGAAUCUCCGCAAUACAAAUUUCUCAGGACAGCUUCCAAAAACAAUUUCUAAUCUGAAACACCUGUCUACAAUUGAUCUAUCUUACUGUAAAUUCAAUGGAUCACUUCCCAAUUCCAUGUCAGAACUCACCCAGCUUGUUUAUAUAGACUUAUCGUCCAAUAACCUCACAGGUCAACUCCCUUCUUUCAAUAUGUCCAAGAACCUCACAUAUCUAUCCUUAUUUCUCAAUCAUUUAAGUGGUGAUUUACCAUCUAACCAUUUUGAGGGUCUAAUAAAUCUUGUCAGCAUUGAUUUAGGGUUCAAUUCUUUCAAUGGGAAUGUACCUUCAUCUCUAUUUAAGCUCCCAUAUUUGCGAGAACUGAAACUUCCCUAUAAUCAACUCAGUGGUUUAUUGGAUGAGUUUGACAAUGCAUCUUCUCCUGUAUUAGAAAUGCUUGAUUUGGGUAGCAAUAACCUACAAGGGCAUAUUCCUGUUUCUGUCUUUAACCUUAGAACCCUUCGUGUCAUUCAACUUUCUUCCAAUAAGUUCAAUGGCACCAUACAAUUGGACCUCAUUCGAAGACUAAGUAAUUUAACUGUACUAGGCCUCUCACAUAACAAUUUGUUGAUUGAUGUCAACUUCAAGCAUGAUCACAACUUGUCACCCUUUCCAGAGAUGAGAACUAUUUUGUUGGCUUCCUGCAAGUUAAAGAGAAUCCCAAGUUUCUUGAGAAACCAGUCUACAUUAAUAUCUCUUGAUCUAUCUGGCAACGAGAUUGAAGGAUCGAUACCUAACUGGAUUUGGCAACUUGAAUCUCUCAUUAACUUGAAUCUUUCCAGGAAUUCUCUUACUAAUUUUGAAAAAAGUUUAUCGAACAUGAGUUCUAACCUUUUUACAGUUGACCUCAGUUCAAACAAACUCAAAGGUCCAAUUUCAUUUAUCCCGAAGUACGCAAGUUAUUUGGACUACUCAAGCAAUAUGUUGAGCUCUACCAUACCACCAGACAUUGGAAACUAUCUCCCUUUCAUAAAUAUAUUGUUUCUUUCAAACAAUAGUUUCAAAGGAGAAAUCCAUGAAUCCUUUUGUAAUGCUUCAAGUCUUCGCUUGCUAGAUCUUUCCUACAAUAGCUUUAACGGGAUGAUUCCUAAGUGUUUUGCAACACUGAGUAGUAGUCUCAGGAUGUUGAACUUUGGAGUAAACAAGCUUCGAGGUCAUAUUCCUGAUACUAUAUCCUCAAAUUCAUGUUCACUUAGAUAUUUAGAUCUAAGUGACAAUCUCUUGGAAGGUAGCAUACCAAAAUCUUUGAUCAAUUGCAAAAAACUACAAGUCCUUAACCUUGGAAAGAAUGCUUUAAGUGACAAAUUUCCAUGUUUCUUAAGUAAUAUUUCCACUCUGAGAAUCAUGGUUUUAAGGUCUAAUAGGCUCCAUGGAUCUAUUGGAUGCGAAAAUAGCUCCGGUGAUUGGGAAAUGCUUCAUAUUGUUGAUUUAGCCUCCAAUUAUUUGAGUGGUACAAUAACAGGAACACUAUUAAACAGUUGGAAGGCAAUGAUGCGUGAUGAAAACGUGCUUGGGCCAGAAUUUGGCCAUUUGUUUUUUGAAAUUGAUGAUAACUUUCAUCCUAUGAGUUUGAAGGCUGUGUUACCGCAUUUGAACAAAUAUCUCGCAAUGAAAUUGGUUAAAAUUGUUGCAAACAUGUCUCGCUCUAUCCUUGAUCAGGGGUUGGCUGAUGCUAAUUCAGUGGAUCUUGCUCGUUAUCAGGAUUCAGUUAUUAUUGUCAACAAAGGUCAGCAAAUGAAGCUAGUCAAAAUUCAAAUGGCGUUCACUUAUGUGGAUAUGUCAAACAACUAUUUGGAGGGGUUAAUACCUUAUGAGAUAAUGCAAUUCAAGGCAUUAAAUGCUUUGAACUUGUCACAUAAUUCAUUUAGUGGUCAUAUACCAUCAUCUGUGGGGAAUUUGAAGAAUCUUGAGUCUAUGGACUUGUCAAAUAACUCCUUGAAUGGAGAGAUUCCUCAAGAGCUUUCAACCCUAUCUUUCCUUGGAUAUUUAAAUCUCUCAUUCAAUCACCUAGUGGGGCAAAUUCCUUUGAGCACUCAAAUCCAAACCUUUGAUGCAGAUUCCUUCAAAGGGAAUGAAGGGCUAUGUGGACCUCCAUUAACCAACAACUGCAGCGAUUAUGGAGUCAAGGGGUUGCCACCAUCAUCAUCUGAUUCUUAUAAUGAGAGUUUAAUUGAUUGGAAUUUCUUAAGUGUGGAGUUGGGAUUUAUUUUUGGCUUUGGAAUUUUCAUCCUCCCCAUUAUUACCUGGAAGAAAUGGAGGUUGUGGUAUUCACAACAUAUAGAUGAGAUACUGUACAGGAUAAUCCCCCAACUUGAUUUUGAGUAUGAACAACAUGAAGGGAAGAGGUAUAGAAUUUUGAGGUGGAGGUACUGAUUGCUAAACUCUUGGGUUUAAUGUUAUAGGUCCAACAAUAUGUUUCUGGUUGAGCCUAGUAAUAAAGCAAAGCACUGAGAAGUUUUUAAUCAUGGUUUCCCACAUUCCUCAAUUUAAGUUAUGUUGAGUUGUCAAAAGGAUAUGUCAUAUAAAUAAAUGCUUGUUUGUAUUUAGUGUUCUUGGAUUGAGACUUGAGUUGUCACCAAAAGAAAAAGACUGAGACCUUAGCAAUAUGCAGUUGCAGUGCACUUUUGUUUAUUUUAGCAUAUUAGAAAGAAGUAUAUUAAGUGUUCUUAAUAUAACAAAAAUAUUUCAAAUUUAACUUGAAAAGUUGUGUAACAAGUGAAAGGGUAAUUGUAUUUAAAGGUGAAAUAAGGAUGGUGGUUUUUUAUUUGAAAA